GUCACUUUAUUUUGGCACGGCUGCGCAUGCGCAUUUGAGACUGACGCAACAACAAUGACCCGGAAGUGAAGCGCCAGUAGUAAACAGAGCUGUGUUAAAGAUGGUGUACGUGUCUAACGGUCAGGUCCUGGACAGCAGGACCCAGUCACCAUGGCGACUGUCCUUUCUGGUCGACCUCUUCUGGGGAGCAGUGGAGUUUAUCGGCCUGUUUUUUAAGACAAUCAUUCACCCGGACAUGACAAAGAGUGGAAACUGUGCUUCAUCAGGCUUUACUGAUGGCAGAGGUCCUCCUGGUCCCCCUGGUGGCAGAAGACGAAUUGGAAGAAUAAACCAUGGUGGAGGUCCCAAUGCUCCACCAAUGGGUGGAGGAGGAUGAGGAAGGUAAACGCCUACACAUCCAGUGUAGGCGUGGGGCUUGGCACAGUGUCUGUUUGCAGAGAACCUAAAGGAAGAUGGUGUCUGAUGGUGACGUCACAGUGCUGAAGCCCCUCUUCAUCUGCUGCCGCUGCCUCGAGCAGUUUUUUGACGUCUUUCUGGGAAUUCCUACUUGUAGGGGCCAGAAUGGCUGAUACAGCAGCUACGUACAUGUCCUUCCUUUGUCCUGCUUCUGUCCUUUCACUUUUCUGUCACACCGGUCUCACAGACAUGUGUCACUGACAUUUCAGUUAUGAUCAUCCCUCCAGGGAAUCGUGAAGUUAGUUUGUCUUUGCUUUUUCAUCCUGUUUGAAUAAAAACUGUUAAAACAUGU